AAGAAAUUUCCGUAGAGCGAGAAAACGACGCCUAAUCAGCGUGCUUUGUUCCGUCUCGCCUCGUCGACUCGUCCUCCCUGGCCUCCUUCGGGCGUCUCGCUCGCCCCCUUCGUGCGCAGCUCCUCCUCUGCCUGUCCAAUCAGCUCGUCCUCUCCCCUCCCAAGAACCAUCAGAAUCCCCCGCCAAGCAGCCCUACAACCGCAUUCCCGUCGGAUUAGGCGGUAGAGAACCCCAAAACCGGAGUCCGGAGCAGCAAUCAGGUGUCGCGUUGGCCCCACCCGUCGCAAUCCCCGCCGGAACCCGGCCGUCCGUGUAGAGGAGCGGCCGGAGUGGGAGGAGGGAUGGGGGGAGGAGGAGGAGGGGAAGGGGCCUCCGGAGGGCCGGAGCUGUCGACGGACAACGUCAAGGGGAUAGUCCUGGCGCUGCUCUCCAGCGGCUUCAUCGGCGCCAGCUUCAUCAUCAAGAAGAAGGGCCUCCGCCGGGCCGCCGUCGCCUCCGGUGUCCGCGCAGGUGUCGGCGGGUACUCGUACCUCAUGGAGCCCCUGUGGUGGGUUGGCAUGAUCACUAUGAUUGUGGGAGAGGUUGCGAAUUUCGUGGCAUAUGCCUUUGCCCCCGCGGUCCUGGUUACUCCACUUGGAGCACUCAGCAUAAUUGUUAGUGCAGUGCUGGCUCAUUUCAUCCUCAAUGAGAGGUUGCAUGCCCUCGGGGUGCUCGGCUGCGUGAUGUGCAUAGCAGGGUCUGUGGUCAUUGUUAUCCAUGCUCCACAGGAGCAGGAGAUUACAUCGGUUAGGGAAAUAUGGAACAUGGCAACGCAACCUGCUUUCUUGCUAUAUGUCGCUUCAGUUAUUGUGGUUGUCUUUGUCCUGGUGUUCUAUUUCUCCCCUCUAUAUGGGCAGUCAAAUGUGUUGAUCUACACCGCCAUUUGCUCUUUGAUGGGUUCUCUUUCGGUCAUGAGUGUUAAAGCUCUUGGUACAUCGUUAAAGCUGACUUUUGAGGGGACAAACCAAUUAAUAUAUCCAGAGACUUGGUUCUUUAUGCUUGUUGUGGCUACUUGUGUGCUGACACAGAUGAAUUAUUUGAAUAAGGCACUUGACACAUUCAACACAGCAAUUGUGUCUCCAAUAUAUUACGUAAUGUUCACAACUCUUACAAUACUUGCAAGUGUCAUAAUGUUCAAGGAUUGGUCCGGUCAAAGCCCUGGAAGCAUCAUUUCUGGAAUUUGUGGUUUGAUUGUGGUGUUGUCCGGUACCAUCUUGUUGCAUGUGACGAAGGAUUAUGAAAGGAUCCCACAAUCAAGAAGUGUUUAUGCUCCAUUGUCUCCCUCCUUGACAACUAGAUUAAAUGGAGAAUUGUUGAAGCACGUCGAUGAUGAGAAGACUUCCGAUGAAGAAAAAGCCUUGAGAAGACGAGAGAUGUACUAGCAUCAGAAUCUCAAAGGAGGGAUAAGUAAUUUCGAUGGAUGCUCCAGCAGGGGCUUGUAUAUGGCGAUGACCUUCCCAUAGCGAUUGUUGCUUCCUCCAUUAUGGUGUGUUGGUUUGUGUAUAUAACCGGAUACCUGCAGCAAUUUGUGCAAAUCUGGAGAGGUGGAAGGCUGCAUAGUUCCAGCAGAUAGAUUUAAGUCGGGUGCAUAGAUUCUUGUCAAGUUUCCUUCUCCUUUGUUAACUUUCCCAGUUUUGUCCACGGCAUUUGUCCCCUGUGUAGAGUUAGAGUGACCGGGUGAGCCACGGAGAUUGUAUGCAACUGCGAAUGCUGUACAUCAUUAUUGUCUCAGUGAAGUUCUUGCAAAUUGUGAGAUCUGUACA